CCUAUUUGUGUCUGAAUAACACUUAUUUUUCUCUGGCUUCCAAACGCCGUGAUGAAACGCGCUAAAUUCUGGUCGAACCGGGCUGAUUAGUAAUCCAAAUUUGCGUCUGUGUCUUAAACUGCCGCAGUGAAACAGGCUAGCAGAUUAGCCAGCUAGUUUAGGUUAGUUUAUUAAAAAUGGUAUGUAAUCCUACAGUAUAGGCACCUACCGUUAGCCACAUUAAUUGCCGGAUAGGAUCUAGCUAUGUCGCGUCAACCUAGGAAUGAUGCCUAGUGCCGAGUUGGUUAGGUUUAAGUGGUGUCUGCGUAACCGAUCCGGCGUGACCAGUUAGUGUGCGAAGCACUGGACUCUCUUCCCUGGAAAUCGGCUCAUCCCAACACUCCCUUUCAGCAACUGCAACAUGAGGAUGGUGUAAUAACAACCAGCGAGCUCACUUGUGUGGACGGCGUGCAAGAGCACUCCAUCCAAGAUUGGCCUUUGGUGACAGUUGGUCGCGAUGAUGGAAGUUGAAUCCCCACCAAGGGAUUUGGUGCCGCAAACCAAAGAGGGCGAUGCGGAUCCCGCCACCGGUCACCUGGGAGCCGUGGGAAAGCUGGACACUGCUGGGGACAUGGUUAAUGGUCCCGUCCAACCAGAGGAGGCGCCUAAUGGAUGCAGAGCGGCCGGAGGGCACGACCCCCCUCCUCCGCAAGGGCCCCCCGACGCAGAGCCGUCUCCAGGUGUGGCCGCUUUCUGUCACAGCCUAGCGAGGGGGCCUGAGGGCGCUAAUGGCGAGGGCGCCGUUCACUCGGGCGACUCUCUGCAGUCGCUCAGAAUAAGCAUACCUAUGCAGGAGACUGAAUUGUCCACUGUGGAGCCCUCCUUAGAGCUUGAGAGCGAGGAGCAGAUCCGCCUGGCUGCCCGGCGUCGCCUAGAGGAGCAGCUGAAGCAGUACAGGGUGAAGAGGCAUCAGGAGCGGUCUCGCCACUCCACACCCAGAAGCCGGACCUCCAGCACUCUGGACCCGGAGCUGAUGCUGCACCCCGAGAGUCUCCCCCGAGCCAGCACCGUCUCCAUGACCAAGGAGUACUCCUUUCUGCGGACCAGCGUUCCACGGGGCCCCAAGUUGGGCAGCCUGGGCAUCCCAGCCCCCCGCGAGCGCAAGGCGGCACCGAGGAAGGCCCCGCACUCCAGCAGGAUCCAUUCACUGGCCGACUACAGGAGCCCCGAGGCAGCGGGAGGUGGGGAGACGGGCGCGGGAGGUGGGGUGGCAGACACCUCCUGCAGCUCCCUGCAGUCCACCAGGAGCGUGUCGUCCACAGUGUCGGAGGUCAGCACUGCGUCAGAGACUUAUGAAGUGGACGUGGCCCGGCCAGACGGCAACGACAGCGAUAGCUCGUCCUACAGCAGCAUGUCGAUCGCGGGGGCCUACACGGUGCCCCAGGGGGCGCCAUACACUGUAAACGGCCAGGAGUUGGCUCCCGAGGAGGUGGGCCGCUUCCCGUCCCUGAGGGAGGUGUUACAUGCCGCGGAGGAGGAGCAGCGGCUGCAGGAGCGCGAGUCGGAGGUUGACGGGGAGCCACGCAGCCGCAGGGACAGCUUCUCCAGCAGCGUGUCGAUGGGAAGCUCCGUGAUGGGUGGCCAUGACGAGAUGCUGCAGGUUCUGAAGGAGAAGAUGCGCUUGGAGGGCCAGCUGGAGAGCCUGUCUUCAGAGGCCAACCAGGCCCUCAAGGAGAAGACUGAGCUCCAGGCCCAGCUGGCUGCCCUCAGUGCCCAGCUGCAGGCCCAGGCGGAGCUGUCCCAAGCCAGCCAGGAGAAGCAGAGCUCCCUCAGCUCGGAGGUGGGGGCACUGCGGCAGGGCUGCUUCCAGCUGGAGCGGGCCAUGGUGGAGCUCCAGGGUAACCUGGAGAGUAAGAACAGCAGCCUGGCGUCGCUGGCCAAUGACCUGCAGGUGGCAGAGGAGCAGUACCAGAGGCUCAUGGGAAAGCUGGAGGAGAUGCAGCAGAUGGUGGCGUCCAGGGACAAGUCGGUCCAGGACCUGCGUCAGCAGAUGGGCAGCCUGCAGAGCCAACUCCAGCAGGUCCAGCUGGAGCGGAGCAGCCUGCAGAGCAAGCUGAAGGCCUCGCAGGCUGAGAUCGCCUCCCUGCAGCAGGUCCGCCAGUGGUACCAGCAGCAGCUGGCCAUGGCGCAGGAGGCCCGGGUGCGGCUGCAGAGCGAGAUGGCCAACAUGCAGGCGGGGAAAAUGACACAGGCUGGAGAGCUGGAGCACCUGAAGCUAGAGAAUGUGAGCCUGUCCCACCAGCUGACAGAGACACAGCACCGUUCCAUCAAGGAGAAGGAGCGCAUCGCCGCUCAGCUCCAGAGCAUCGAGGCCGACAUGAUGGACCAAGAGGCCGCCUUCAUGCAAAUCCAGGAUGCCAAGUCCAUGGUGGAAGAUGACCUCCAACACAAGCUCGAGGAAUUCGAGGACGAGCGGGAACACCUGCAGAAACUGGCCAGCUCAGCCACUUCCCUGGAGCGGGAGCUGGAGCAAGUGAAGCUGACGCUGUCCCAGAAGGAUGUGCAGCUGGAGGCCCUGCAGAAGGAGCACCUGGAGCUGAUGAGGCAGCUGACCAGCACCCAGGAAAGCCUCCAGACCAAAGAGCGCUCCCUGGACCAGCUGGAGGCCCGCUACCUGGAACUGGAGGCCCAGCUGGCCGAGCUGCAGGAGGACUCUACUGCCAAGGAGGAUGCCAUCCAGUUCCUGCAGAAUGAGAAGAUCGUCCUGGAGGUGGCGCUGCAGGCGGCGCGGGCCGACAAGGGCGAGCUGGAUGAGGGAGCGCAGAGGCUGGGCGAGGGCGUGCUGGUGGCCGCCGAUGUGUUGGAUCAGCUCCGACAGGAAGUUCAGGUCAGGGCUUCUCAGGUGGAAAGCAUGCAGAAGGAGAACGGCGUUCUGAAGAAGCAGGCCCAGAAGCUGAAGGAACAAUACACGCAGCAGAAGGUGAUGGUGGAAGCCUACCGCAGGGACGCCACCUCCAAAGACCAGCUGAUCAGCGAGCUGAAAACCUCCAAGAAGAGGCUGCUGGCCGAGGUGAAGGAGCUGAAGCAGGAGGUGCUCAGUGCCCAGGGGGAGAAGGCAGCGGCCGAGCUGGAGCUGCAGAGGCUGAAGGCCGAGGCUUCCCGUGUCCAGGAGCAGAUGAGCAGCCUGGAGGGACAUCUGCAGGCCAUCCAGGGCGAGCGAGACCAGCUUGAGGCUCAGAUUCAGUCGCUGCAGCUGGAUCGAAACCAGCUGGCCACUGUGACGGAGGAGAACCAGGAGCUGAGGAGCCAAGUGGAACAGAUGCAGCAAGAAGCCAAAAAGGCCAUCUCUGAACAGAAGGUGAGGAUGAAGAAGCUGGGAACGGACUUGACCAGCGCCCAGAAGGACAUGAAGACCAAGCACAAGGCCUAUGAGACGGCGGUGGGCAUCCUGAGCCGCCGCCUGCAAGAGGCGCUUACCGAUAAAGAGGCUGCAGAGGCGGAGCUAAACAAACUCAAGGCCCAGGUCUCAGAUGGGGGUAACAACCAGGCCUUACAGGAGAAAAUAGACUCCCUUCAGUCCGAACUUCAGACAGUCAACCACAGCAAGGCAGCAUUGGAGAAGGAGCUGCAGGAGGUCAUCACUCUCACUAGCACAGAGUUGGAGGAGUACCAGGAGAAAGUCCUGGAGCUGGAGGACGAGCUGCAGGAGUCCAGGUGCUUUAAGAAAAGGAUGCGGCGUCUGGAGGAGGUCAAUAAGAAGCUGUCUCUGGAGUUGGAACACGAGAAGGGGAAGUUGGCAGGGCUGGGGCAAUCCCAUAAUGCCCUGCGAGAGCACGCCAACAUCCUGGAGACGGCCCUGGCCAAAAGGGAAGCAGACCUGGUCCAGCUCAACCUACAGGUCCAAGCUGUUUUGAAACGUAAGGAGGAGGAGGACGAGCAGAUGAGGCAGCUGAUCCAGUCACUACAAACUGCUUUGGAAAAGGAGAAGGUCAAAGUUCAAGAUCUCAAAGAGCAGCUGGCUGCAGCCAAAGCAGAGGCUGCCCACAACCGAAGACACUACAGGGCAGCCAUGCUGGAGCUGGCGGAGAUCAAGAAGGACCUGCAGGCCAAAGAGGAGCUGAUCAGUACCCUGCGGCUUGAAGCGGAACAGCUACAGAGCCAGGACGACAGGCACUCACAGGAGGUGUCCUGCUUCCAGGAGGAGCUGGCCCAGGCCCACGUCCAGCUGCAGGUCCUACAGAAGCAGUUGGAGGAACAGCUCAGCAAGCAGCCUCUUGCCAACCAGGAGGUGGAGGACCUGAAAUGGGAGGUGGAGCAGAAGCAACGGGAGAUCGAAGCCCAAAAGCAGCAGCUGGAGCUGACAGAGCAGUGCAGCCAGAGGGAACUGGAGAACCUGCAGAGCUCCCUGCAGGGUAUCAGGGCUGAGCUGGAGGUGGUACAAGAAGAGCUGGGCAGCACCAGGAAGGACAAGUUCAUGCUACAGGCCAAGGUGGGGGAGCUGAGGAACAGCAUGCGCACCCUGCUGCAGCAGAACCAGCAGCUCAAGGUGGACCUGAAGCAGGGCCGCCUGAGGAAGCAGAAGGUGGAGCUGAAAGGUGACGCCUCCGGCCCAGUGACACCGGUGAAGAUCCCUGACUGCCCGGUGCCUGCCGACCUGCUGGAUGAGCUGCUCAAGCCCCCCGCGUCCAUCAGCAAGGAGCCGCUGAACAACCUGCACAACUGUCUACGGCAGCUGAAACAGGAGAUGGACAGUCUGCAGAAGCAGAUGGAGGAGCACACUGUCACCGUGCAUGAGUCCAUGACCUCAUGGAUCAAAGCGGAAGAGGGGCUCGUCAGGUUGGACGUCCACAACAAUGGGUCGGCCCCGCCCACCGGCGCGGAUGACACCACUGAAACUGACAGGGAGGGGGCAUUGUAGUAACUCGAAGGAUGGAUCCCCAGACGAAGAACCCGAGUGGAGUUCUAUCCACUCUGGCCCCUUUUUUUGUUUUUAUUUUGAAUUUUAAUUUAAGUGUUUCCUUUGUCCGGUCACUGAUUGCUGCAGCCAACAUUUGGCAUACCUAAUCAAUGCAGAAAUGCUUGGAUUGAAGCAACACUUUCUACCAGUUUAACUUUUUCUGUUGCGUGCGCUAUAGUUAAUUUUAUCAUAAUUUAUUUGAGAUCCAUGCUAAUUUACAGCUGCUUUAAUGGGAGGGCCCAGGCUUGUGGGUAAAUGAGGGUUUUAAUCGUACCUGAGGCUUGGUACCUACACUGUCUGCUGCAGACAUGGAAGUUGCUCCUUCGGGUUCCCCACUGUGGUUCUGUGUCGUCUUCCUCCUGCGUGCGGAGGAGCGAUGGCUGCCAGGGAGCUAGAUACCUCUGAACUGUUCUUCCAAUUCCACCGAGCGAGACUCCAUCCGGUCUGUCUUCUUUCCCGUCUUUCUCCAUCUCUCCAUCUUCCCACACAUAAUCACAUUCCCUCCCCAUCCUCUGUGAGGUAUGUUUUAUUCUCGAACCCGCACUACAUCACACGGAGGGCUCUCCUCUCACUCUCUGCUGGGUGAAACCCCGCCUGCCCUUCACUCGAUUACUGUCUCAUACUAGUAGCCAGAGUCCUCCGUCCAUUUAGGUUUGUGUCCUGUAGUAAACUAAAGUUCAUGUUUUGGUAUCUGGGUUAAAAAACCCAGAGUAUUCGGAGUAUUCUGAAUGAGCACUGACUUGCCUGCAUUUCGAUUAGAUUAAUAUUUGCACGGUUUAUUUGUCAUGUAUGUGUCAUUUCAUUACCGGGUGUGAGCACUCGCACAGCAGUGCCACGUGUAAAAAAAAAAAAAAUAUAUAUAUAUAUAUAUAUAUACAUAUAUAUAUAAAAUAUAUAGAAAUAAUGUAUGACCACAUGGGAGAUACCGAAUGUUGCACGUUAAAUGUUAUACAAUAUCCUCAGGCUGAUACUGUUUCGGUGACAGGCUUUUCUUUCAUGGUUAUCUAUGAAGUAUAUUUAAUAUAUACAUGUAAUACUUCUCUUGCAGCCUUAAAUAUAAAAAGAAAAGGUUGUAAGUGUAAAAUGAUUUACUAAAUUUUGUGUUAAUCUUAUUUUAUUUAUUUCUAUGGUCGUGUUACCAGUAUGAUUGGGAUUUUUAACUGACAUUAACUUUAGGAGGAUGGAAUAUAUUGCAGAGGUAAUUGGCCCAUAUUGCAAACAUUUUGCAGGGAUGCACUGUACAGCUGUUCCAAAGCUGUUAAUGAACAGUACAGCCUGCUGAAGCACGGCUCGGCCCCUUAGCUUUUCCGUUACUCUGUUGACCUUAUGCGAAUAUGACACUUCAUUACUUUUAAAAAAACAGACCUGAGUGUGUCGUCUUUGCCUCCAGGUCACUGGUGUUAGAUUUUGUUUUAUUCUGGAACAGCUGUAUUGCUCUUCUGUCUCCUGGUUUUGUGUAACGGCCUGGCAGUUCGUCCCCACAUUUCUCUGGACUGUCUGACAUACUCUGCGCUCUGAAGGCGGACUGGCGAUCCCUUUUAACCGUUCACUGUAACAAUGUACAUAUCAGAAAAACAGUGGGUGCAAGGUCUUCAAGUUUGUAUAUAAAUGCUUGAUCUCUUUCAUCUCUUAAAACUGGCUAUCCUGUUCAUUUAUUUGUAAACUUCAACAAACUACUGUGUUUUGGUGGCGUUAAUUAUAUGGAAUAGAAUGCAAAGUGGGCUAAUUUAUGAUUUGUAUUUUCUCCUCUCAUAAAGCUGGUUAUACCAUA